CGCCCAUGAAGCGAGCCGGCGGCUCGCAACUCCACCAACUCCCAUUAGCCAAGCUCCUCUCCGUUGCCAAGGCUUAGACCCCUACCUCGCCCUGUUCGAAAUGGACCCCAACUGCUCCUGCGGCGCUGGUGGCUCCUGCACCUGUGCUGGCUCCUGCACCUGCAAAGGCUGCAAAUGCACCUCCCGCAAGAAGAGCUGCUGCUCCUGCUGCCCCCAGGGCUGUGCCAAGUGUGCCCAGGGCUGUGUGUGCAAAGGAGCAUCUGACAAGUGCAGCUGCUGUGCCUGAAUUGGGGGCUCCCAGCUCCCAGAUGUAAAUAGAGCCACGUGUACAAACCUGCGUUUUUUUUUAAUUCCACAUCUUGCCCACAUUCCUUUUACUAUGAAAUAUGUGAAUGAUAAUAAAG